GCUCCUUAACAAGGAGCGAGACUGGCGAGCGCAAUGUGGCAAAGCGGCGGCAUGGGCGCCCAUGCGGCCAACAAUCCAUGGAUGAAAUUAAUGGGCAUUGUCCACAAGGAGAGAAGGCAUCACGAUUCAGGCUCUGCCGCUGCCGCCGCUUCUGGUGUUCAGGGCUCUGCGACUACUGGCAGCAACGACCGGACGCUCAAUCAAUCGCUGCCGAAACUCAGCAGCCAGGACGAGGAUGGGCCGAACCCCCACACCCAAUACACAGGCGUCACGCAUUUCGAGCCCAUACCGCACGAUCAUGACUUUUGCGAGAGGGUCGUCAUUAACGUGAGCGGGUUACGGUUUGAGACGCAGCUGCGUACGCUGAACCAAUUUCCGGACACGCUCCUUGGCGAUCCGUCACGGCGGCUCCGAUACUUCGAUCCGCUACGCAACGAGUACUUCUUCGACCGGAAUCGGCCCUCCUUCGACGCGAUACUCUACUACUACCAGAGCGGUGGCAGGCUUCGCCGCCCGGUCAACGUUCCUCUCGAUGUCUUCUCCGAGGAGAUCAAGUUCUACGAGCUGGGCGAGCUGGCCACCAACAAAUUCAGGGAGGACGAAGGGUUCAUCAAGGAGGAGGAGAAGCCGCUGCCGAAGCACGAGUUCCAAAGGAAGGUCUGGCUGUUGUUCGAGUACCCGGAGAGCUCGCAGGGCGCCCGUGUCGUCGCCAUAAUAUCCGUGAUCGUGAUCCUCCUGUCGAUCGUGAUAUUCUGCCUGGAGACCCUGCCGGAGUUCAAACACUACAAGGUCUUCAACACGACGACGAACGGCACGAAGAUCGAGGAGGACGAAGUGCCGGACAUUACCGACCCGUUCUUCCUAAUAGAGACUAUUUGUAUCAUCUGGUUUACGUUCGAGUUAUCGGUGCGCUUCCUCGCCUGUCCAAAUAAACUGAACUUCUUCCGUGACGUAAUGAACUUCAUCGACAUCAUCGCGAUCAUUCCUUACUUCAUCACGCUCGGCACCGUGAUGGCCGAGGAGGAGGACCCGCUUGAUCUACCAAAAGCGCCGGUAAGCCCGCAGGACAAGAGUACGAACCAGGCGAUGUCCCUGGCGAUACUCAGGGUCAUCAGGCUGGUCAGGGUGUUUCGGAUAUUCAAGCUGUCCAGGCACAGUAAAGGCCUUCAGAUCCUCGGCCGUACGCUCAAGGCCUCCAUGAGGGAGCUCGGCUUGCUCAUCUUUUUCCUCUUCAUCGGUGUGGUGCUGUUCUCGUCGGCGGUAUACUUCGCGGAGGCGGGCACGCAGGACAGCUUCUUCAAAUCGAUACCGGACGCGUUCUGGUGGGCGGUGGUCACGAUGACGACCGUGGGCUACGGGGACAUGAGGCCCGUGGGUGUCUGGGGAAAGAUAGUGGGCUCUUUGUGCGCGAUCGCCGGUGUGCUGACGAUCGCUCUGCCUGUCCCCGUCAUCGUCUCCAACUUCAACUACUUCUAUCACCGUGAGACUGACCAGGAAGAGAUGCAGUCGCAGAACUUCAAUCAUGUGACCAGCUGCCCGUAUCUCCCUGGUACUGUAGGUCAACACUUGAAGAAGAGCUCGAUGUCGGAAUCGACGUCGGACAUAAUGGAGCUGGAAGAGGGCAUAAUGCUCACUCAUCCAGAAAUUACAAAGAAGCCCAACUGCAACCCCCGCCAUAAUAACAAUAUUAAUCCAGCCUGUAUGAGCAUCGAGACUGACGUCUGACUACUAGUGAAGGAGACGGUGGCAACGUGGUGGCCAAUGCUGGGACGGUUGUCGAAGAACAGCUACAGCUCCCUACGGUGCCUGACGUAGGCCUCCUUCACACGUCGUCGUAGUCGCGCUAGCUGCGAGCGCUAGCGAUCAGCGCGUGUACGCGUGCGCGCCGGCUGUCAUUUGGAUCGCACGCGGCAGCGCAGGCGCGCCCGCCCACCCGCUCGCCCGCCCUCUGUCCAUAGUCUGUCAAUACGAGGGGUGCUUCCACACGAUCCAUUAUUACGCGUCAACCAGAACAAGAGAGAACGAGAACGGGAGAAGAAAUGAUCAACGACCAAGAAUCGGCUGUAAAUGGGUGCCACAAAAUGAUUUUUUCUUCCAUCGGCGCGACGCGCGAGAAUUACGAUCGUCGGCGGAGAAGGGAGAGAGUGAGUUGGAGUUGGAGGAAGAAAAGGGAAAGCACACGUCGAGGGAAGGACGUUAAACGAUUACUGGCUACCAGGCGUAGAGAGAUAAGAGAGAUAGGAUAGGCGAAAGGUGUGCAAAGGAAAGAAACGUGAUGGGCGGAUAAAGAGAGGUGGCGAGAGUGCGUUUCGGCGAGAAACGUCGACGUCGAAAACGAGGACAGCCGCUUCGGAGGUGUUACACGGUACACGCAUACACGCACCCCACGUAGGGACCUACGUGCUAAUAGGGGAAUGGAGCUGGAUGUUUUCUUCAGUCGCGAGUCUCCAUUCUCCACACCACCGACUCCAGUGUUCAAUACAAAUGAUAACAAAUAAAAAUAAAAAAGUAACAAAUAAAACGGUAUAAACGAAACGAAGGGGAAGAGAGAAGGAGGGAAGAAGAAGAAGAAGAAGAUAAAUAAACGUCGCAGCGGCUUCGCGAACGAACAAAAUGUUAAGCAAAACAAAAAAAAAUGAAAUAAAAAAGUAUAUAAGAGAAACGUCGUCGAACCUUCCCUCCCCUCGUUUAAACAGUGGUCGAGUGAACUCUCCGUGGCCGGCCGGAUGAGAUAAUGGCCGGUUCGAACGCGGUGGGGAGGCCUGGACGGCGACGAAACCAGGGGAAUCGUACCAGAUAAUACUAAUUAAUUAUUAUCGAUGUAAUUAUAUCGAGUAAACACGUAGGCGAAGGUACGCUAAACAAGCAAACGAGCAAACAAAGAGGAAGAAGAGAUGAAGAUAAAAAUAUUAUUCGUUUUAAUGAUUAAAUAACACUGCGCGAAAGAAAAAAUAAAUAAAUAAACGGACGAAGCCACGAUCGAGCGGAAGAGGAGAACAAGACGGAGGGAGAGAGAAGACGAAGAGAGAAAAAACGCAAGGAAGGAAGAAUUUCUUUGGCGAUGGUGCUCGCGGUGCAGAGAGGACAGACUUCCGAUAAUAAAAAAAAGAAACGAUGAUUCCGUAAGCGUUAUUACACACGUACAUACACACGUACACGUAACUUUACCACGUACGAACGCACGAGCAGCGCGAAACGGAAGAACAAGUGUGUCUUUGCAGCGGAGAGACUGUUUUUUUCACUGAGGACAAAUUAACUCGAAGUAAGCUCUAUGUACUAUUUCGAACGUACGCGCGCGAGAGAGAGAGAGAGAGAGAGACCGUUUGGAAUGCAAUUCGUUUUCUCGGAGCGUGACGCUGUACCUUUGUUCACACUCACACACGACACACCUACACGCAUACACCACGUAGAACUUUUACACGCACGCACACGUACACACACACAGAGAGAGACACAACAAGCAUCUGCGAACCUUAGUCAAGAAUGAGGACUGACGUUUGUACGAUACCUUGAAGAACAGGCGUAGCGUUGUUCUCGUCGACUACCAGUUAAAACAGGCGCCAUUCAUCGAUCCUGCACGAUUCACGGAGUAUAAAUGCUAAUACACUCGCGAGAAAAGAAAGAAAUUCAACGAACGAACUAUAGUUACAAGUUUUAGGCCACACUGGUGUCCUCGACAAAACGGACUAUUGUCUGCUUCACGGGCGAAACGAUAUAUUUGCGACACCGUUGUUCCCUAAGAUUUGCGACGAUAAAUAGAUCACUCUGGCUCGUGCACGAUCGAGGCGCGCGCUGCAAAAUCCGGAAAAAAAGCGAGAUCGACGAAAAGAACGAAAAACACUGUGAGCUCGAACCGCGGCAGGUUUUCGACGCGCCUAUAUCACUACGAGCGAACCAGUGCGGACACUCCGCUGCGUCGUUGCGGAGGGCUCUCGGUGGCGCGACAAGUUUGCGAGAUUGCCGAUCAGAAAAGGAGAUGGCGGAUAUACAUGGGUAAAUUCGAGUUGCGCGUAUUUUGCUCGAGCAGCGCUGGCACGAGUAGAAAAAAGAAAAAAAAAAAAAACGGACAGGCAGGGUGGAAAGUUGCGAUCAAUGGCCGGAAAGGUGUCUGCCGAUGGCGCGUACCGCCGUGUUCACGCUCAACGAACUCGGGACGGACGCUGCCGCGAACGUUUUCGGUCCCUUUUUGUGCCCGCGCGACCAAUCCGGGGGAAUUCGUAACA